AUACCUAGAUGAGAGUGUCGAGGUUUCUAGCAGUGUUUGCCCCUCAUGUCCAAUAUUGUAUUCAAGACGGAAACUUGGUGCAGGUUCAUUCGUCAUGGAGGGUACGGUAUCAGUCAGACUGCCCUUACAAUCUCUCGUCUUAGUUUCCCUACGGAUCGUGUCCGGCCCUCUACGGUCCGCUCCUCAAGUGGUAAGUGGUAGCAGUAAACAUGGAGCGCUCCGUCCGCCCGCUCCUCUCCCGCCUGGACCCUGUCCUGUAUGUAGAUGUGUUUCAACUUCUGAAGCGAUAUGCACUGAGAGAACUUAGCUGUGUUUGUGAGGCCGCGGGUGUGUGAUAUGUGGUUGGUUCCUUUAGCAUGGGCAAAACGCAUACGAUCAGCCUCAAGAUCUCUGAAACCUUCAGAUGCGUCUCAAGCU